UGAACAUGUACAUGUGAAAGAGCACCUGAAAUCGAAUAUUAGAAAUUUAUAACACAUUUUUCUUUCAACAAUUCAGUACUUAAUAAAAUUAUAAUACAUGCGUCCUCACAGUAACACAGCGAAUAAAGUGCCCGGUUUACAGUUACACAGAGUUAUACGAUUAGGUGAUAAGUAUGACAGUCAAGUACUCACAUUCAUUGUACCAUCUCAACUCACCAGAGGAUUUUUACAAAGUGUUCAGUCUAGGGACUUUUAUUAUGGAGGUCAUCGAUGGUUUAUACGUAUGGAGUAUUAUAAAGAACCAAAUGAACACGGUAUUGGAAAAGAAGAUUCACAUUUUGUGCAAUACCGUAAACAACCACUGGGUGUUUCGAUUCACUUAUGCAGUGUUUCAAGUGGAAUGACAUGUAGGCUGAAAAGCGUUAAAUUCACAAUUCCACAUCAAGAAUUUUAUACCCAAAACCUAGUUCAAGAAUUAGAAGAUAUACAAUUUAGAUGUUCCAAUAUAUCUCAUAAAAUAUCUACAUGGAUUGAAAGCGGUCUGCUUACAAAUGAACGUUAUCUAUUUGACGAUUCUACUUGUAUACUGGAAGUGGAACUUCAAGAUGUUCUGACUACUUAUGAAGAACAAUUGCGUGUGCCUAGGGAUUCCAAAGAAGCGGUUCGAUGUAAGUCACUUGAAUCAACAACAUUCUCAUUCGCUGGAGAUGAUUGGAGCCUAAUCAUAGAUUGGAGUAUCUCACCAGAUAAAUCACGAAUGCAGCAUAAAGAUGACAGUAGACCAAGGUUAUUUAUUCAAAGGCACAGCUCUCCAAAACAUUGGACACGUUUAAGAUACGGCCGAGUAGAUCUGAUACCAACAGCCCCUCAAGGGGGUAGAAACUGUGCACGAGUUGAAGAUCCCAACGGUGUAGAUUGGAUUAUAAUGAGUGAUAUUUUAGGAACAUAUAUACGCCUUAAAUUGUUCCUCCCAAAUGAAUCUAGUGUCAAAUAUAACGAUAGUGAAUCAAACAUGGAAGUGAGAUCAACUGCUUGGUCAGUACAGUUGAUACCAUACGACACAUCAUUAAAUAUCGUCAAGUCCAUGAGUCCAUUUUAUGUUAUCUACACACCGGCUAGCACCAGUGGGCAAACGACAGUGCCAUUGAAUUCAAAAUCCCCCUGUCAAGAGGUCGUACUCCCUUUAGACGUUGAAAAAGUUUGUAGUUCAAACUUUGGCUACUCUCGUCCUAAUGACAAUGCAAUUACUCUACGUAUUGAAUGGUUAUAUUCACACGUACUUUGUCGAGGUGACUAUCAAAAUUACGAUGAGCUAGUAGCAAUGCAGCGUUAUAAUCUGAUAAAAGAUAUAAAUAUCAAAGUUCUAGAAAUCGAUCGUCUAACUAGACAAAAAGCGGUUCAGUUUUCAAUAUCAACCGAGAUAAUGACAACUAUACGGAAAAAUUAUCUGAAUCAAAUCCACUUAGUACAAAGCAAACGUAUCAGUCAAGAUAAUGAGGCAGCUACCAACACAAAGACCGGCUUCACACACAGUCCAACUUAUUGUGAUAAUUCACAAACGAAUUCACCAACAAUAAAAAAUUAUUUAACUCCUCCAGUGAUUAUUAAUGGAAGUUUGGAUUCAAAUUCAAACAAUGAAAAUAAGCAUAGUUCAGAGCUGAGUGACGACUCAUUAUCGUCUGGUUCCUACUGGCGACGUCACAGUUCUUGUUUGGAAGAUGUUGGAUCUUCAAAACCAAGACACAGAAGACAGUUACCCUCUCCACCAUCAUCGUCAUCUUCAUCACGACUUGUAUUACCUGGAGGCAAUUCUAAUGCUUCAUCAAACGAAUAUUCUGUAACGAUGCGACCGAAUAGUACAAGCAGCCCACGUUUAUCGUUAAAACAAACAAAUUUGGAAUUCGGUUACACAAAUUAA